UCUUCUGGAAGUGGGACGACGCCGACAAACGGACGCGGCGUGCCUGAAGAAGCCUGCAGCGUAUAAAAGCGUCGGCCAGAGGCGCACACACGCACACACACAUCGCACCGCAUUGCGCGACGUUGAGGCACGCCGGAAGAGAGCAACCGACAACGACCACGCUGCAGAAAUGACCGCCGCAACACAGUCCAGCCACGCCGCCGCCGCUGCAUUUUUCGCCAAGCUGCUACUGUUCUGUCUCAUCGUCUGUGCCUGCGCUCAAGAUCCGCUCGACCCUCCACAGCCGUACACGUUUGGCUUCGAGAAUGUGGACGAGUACGGCACGCAGCUCUACCACAAAGAGUCGGGUGAUGCCAGCAACGCCAAGAAAGGCUCGUACGGCUACAAGGAUGCCGGAGGCCUGUUCAGACGCGUCGAAUACGUGGCUGACCUGAACGGCUACCGCGCCACCGUGGACACCAAUGAACCAGGAACUGCACCCGGCCGAACGGGUGACGCCGUCUUCAACGCCAACCCGAUUGCCGUCCCCUUCGCUAAGUCGGCGUCCGCACCUGUGCCAGCAUUUGCGCCAAAGCCAGUCGGAGCCGGCGGAAUCCAGUUACCGUGGUCGAUCUAAGAACGUUGUGAACUUUGCUUAGAAAAAUACCGUAUAGCAACAAAUUUCUUGCCAAAAGAGAGCGAUUACCUUUGGCUAGCGUAGUCCCGCCGGUGAAUGUGUUAGGGCGAACGGCUCCAGUGUUUAUGAGAUUGAAUUGUCGGGUUGAAGGCAUUUUAGUUGCAAGUCACAUGCUUAUGCGACACGCUUGCUCUUCGCUUAUAUCUAAGCUGCUUUGUCUAAGUGCAUUUGUGAAGUUCAAAUCUUUUCUAGUUCAGUAUGCUCCACUGCAGAUGCUGCAUUAGCCUUUUGUUUAUUUGUAUUUUUAUAUAUAUAUCUGCUCUCUGUAUUCCCGAGGGAAAGAUCUGCGUUGACUUGCUUGCAAAUCUGGUGUGAGGAUCUCGCGGCUCUUGCGGUGCCAUUUGCUUUGUUAAGACCGUGUGUGUUAUGUUGAUGUGCAGUUGUCCUUGUGAAUGUUAUUAUUGUGCAAAUAAACUGCAUGAAAUAUACAAUUUUGGCGCUUCGUUA